GCCGUCUCAGCCAUGAGAAGCAGCAGUGCCUGGGCAUGGCAGGAACUGCUGGCCCUGCUCUGCAGCGUCUGGCUCUGGGUGUGCGCUGCCCAACGCAGCGGGCCCACUCCCACAGCACAGAGCCAGGGCCCCAAACUGAAGUUUCGCCUGGCUGGGUAUCCCCGCAAGCACAACGAGGGGCGCAUCGAGGUCUUCUACAAUGAGGAGUGGGGCACCAUCUGUGACGACGACUUCACGCUGGCCAACGCCCACGUGCUGUGCCGCCACCUUGGAUUCGUGGCCGCCACCGGCUGGGCCCACAGUGCCAAAUAUGGCAAAGGCAUUGGGCGGGUCUGGCUGGACAAUGUGAACUGCGGGGGCAGCGAGAAGAGCAUCGCGGACUGCAAGUCCCGGGGUUGGGGAAACAGUGACUGCAGCCACGAGGAGGACGCUGGCGUGAUCUGCAAGGACGAGCACAUCCCGGGCUAUGUGGACUCCAACGUCAUCGAGGCUGAGCAGAACCAGGUGGAGGAGCUCAGGCUGCGGCCUGUGGUCUCGGGUGCCAGGAAGCGGCUGCCGGUGACAGAGGGCGUGGUGGAGGUGCGCUACAAGGAGGGCUGGGCGCAGAUCUGCGACGAGGGCUGGAACCCCAAGAACAGUCGUGUGGUCUGCGGUAUGAUGGGCUUCCCGGCCGAGAAGAAGGUCAACAGGAACUUUUACAA